CAGUAUUUCUCUAUUUUUUUUUUCCAUUUUCAAUUGUUUUAGAGAAAUACUGCCAUAACAAAGGAUCGGAAAGCAACAAUAAUGGCCAACCAGGUUGUUAUUUUUGCCCUCCUCUUUGUCGUCGUUGCCGGAAUGGCCUCGGCCGCUAGCUCCCCGAGCAGCAGCCCGUCUGCCGCCCCCGCCGGCGCACCGGAGAAAGCUACGGGCGCUCCUCAAGCAUCACCGGCAGCCGCACCAAAGAAAGCCGAUGCAGCCUCUCCGUCGGCGGGCAGCCCAUUGGCCGGAUCUUCGUCGGAUUCCCCUGCGGCCGCCUCAACGGAGACUGAAUCGCCGGCGGGAUCCCCCGCCGGAACCCCCGAAGCGGAGCCCUCAUCACCUCCGGCCCCAGACAGCGCCGCCAGCCCCGUAGCUGAUGGGCCUUCCGAUGCUCCUGCUGAGGCACCCGCAGAUGAUGAAGGCGGCGCCGCAGCUUUAAAGGUCUCCGCUGCUCUCGGAGCUGCUGCCGUUGCCGGAUUCUUCUUCUAGAUCCCGUGAAAUCUUAAAGAACUAAAAUGCCAACCAAAAAAAAAAAAAAAAAGUUUCAUACUACGUUGUUAUUAGGCAUAAAUUCUUUAACACUCUGAGGCGGUGACGCCAUUGUCAAGUAGUCAUGAGGCUCAAAUUUACGGCGUCUAUAUAUUCUCCGGCAAACGGCGACAUGGUUCUUAUUAUAAUCCCCUAGUAUCCAUUCUUGAGAUGGUAGUUGGAUUUAUCAUGAACUAUUGUAUUUCAGUGAUAAAAGAAAUACAACCUAUUACUUGCCAUGCUA